UUGGGGGGGGGGGCGAGGGGGUCAUCAACAAGAACGAAUUUUGUAUGGAGAAGUGUACGCAAAGAUGUUGCAGUAGUGUGCGCCAUCCCCUCUCCUAAAGAUUUCCUUUCCCCCCUCCUCCCUUUGCUCAUCCUUAAGAGCCAAAUGAUGUGGCCCCCCUGCUGCUCCUUCCUGACUCAGUAUACCCACCACCACCUGGUCGCCUUCCUCCUGACCUUCUUUAGCUAUGUCUUGCUGCACGCUUCACGUAAAACAUUCAGUAAUGUGAAAGUGAGCAUCUCUGCACAGUGGACUCCUUCAGUGCAGAAUGGCAGCUUGCCUGCCUUUUCUCCCAGGGAGCUGUGGGAGGAGAACAGGAUGUUUGCUGACACUGGGGAGGCUACGUUGUUCCUGGGUGCCUUGGACACCAUUUUCCUCUUCUCUUAUGCUGUGGGUUUGUACAUCAGUGGGGUGAUAGGAGACCGCCUGGACCUUCGAUUUGUUCUCUCCUUUGGCUUGUGUGGUUCUGCUGUUGUGGAGUUUGUGUUUGGCACGCUGACAGAAUGGCUACACUUGUAUAACGUGUACUUCUACUGCUGUCUGUGGGUGUUGAAUGGUCUGCUGCAAUCUGCAGUAUGGCCCAGUGUGGUGGCUGUCAUGGGCAACUGGUUUGGUAAAUCUGGCCGAGGUUUUGUGUUCGGCCUUUGGAGUGCCUGUGCAUCGGUGGGGAAUAUUCUGGGUGCGUUCCUGGCUUCCAGUGUGCUCAAGUAUGGCUAUGAGUAUGCUUUUCUGGUGACAUCAGUGGUGCAGUUUGCAGGUGGGGUGGUGGUGUUUUUUGGCCUGCUCACAUCCCCAAAGGAAGUGGGUCUGUGUGAAGGCUCUGCAACAGAUCUGAGAGCAGUGGAAAAAGACACUGACAGCCACCGGCCACUCAUGAGCGAUGACGAAGAGGACAGUGAAGAUGUGGUGUGUGAUGGGGGAUACUACUCUGUACAACAGCAGGAUGAAGAACCUAAGCCUCAAACCAAAGCCAUCAGCUUCUUCGAGGCUUUUUGCCUGCCUGGAGUCAUUCCUUACUCCCUUGCCUAUGCUUGUCUGAAGCUGGUGAACUACUCCUUCUUCUUCUGGCUGCCCUUCUAUCUAAGCAACAACUUUAGCUGGAAGGAGGCAGAGGCAGACCGCCUGUCUGUGUGGUACGAUGUGGGAGGGAUCAUUGGGGGAACAGUGCAGGGUUUGAUAUCUGAUUUCCUGGGAAAGAGAGCUCCUGUGCUGUGUGUCAGUCUGCUGCUAGCAAUGGGAGCUUUAGUGGGAUACAGCCACUCUUCAAAUGACCAAGUAGUGAAUGGAGUACUUCUAGCAGUUACCGGAUUCCUCAUUGGUGGUCCAUCAAAUAUGAUAAGCUCGGCAAUCUCAGCUGACCUUGGCAGGCAGGAAGCUCUAAGGAUGAGUCAGGAUGCCUUGGCCACUGUUACUGGCAUAGUGGAUGGAACUGGCAGCAUUGGAGCUGCCGGCGGACAGUACCUGGUUUCCCUCAUUGAGAGUAAAUUAGGAUGGAUGUGGGUCUUCUAUUUUUUCAUACUCAUGACGGGGUUCAGCAUAAUAUUCAUCAUUCCUCUCAUCAUUAGUGAGCUUCGCUCCAUGUGCAGAGACAGACAAACCAGGACACACCAGCUCUGAGACCUUCCUGCUAUUUUGGCCUAUCAUGUAUAGGGUUAGUAACAGAGAAGGUGGACGUUACUCCAUUUUAUUCUCUUGGCUAGCUUUUCUCUUGGUUACUUUUUAGCUUUUUUAAUUCAUUAAUUUAAAUUGAUUAAAUAGGUAGAGGUUAAUAGAAGUGAUUAGCCACAGUUUAAUGUCAUUUGUGGCUUAACAAAUUGGCAUUGACAAUCAGCUCAACCAAUCUUUUGUCAACAGAGAUGUGCAUUUAAUAUUUUCACACUCUGUCUUUAAUGAAGAGAAACCAAGUUUCAUGUGAGAUGAUGUUUGGUUUAAUACCUGCGUAAAUGUUCGAAACAACAGCAGUUCAGCAGUAAAUUAACAUGGUUAACACCACAGCUACUGAUGUCCAUUUAUCUGUGUAGCAGGACAUCUUUUUUCCGACCACCCAAUUGGAUCAGAUUGUAUAAAUCAAACUAUACCGUUGCAUUGGUCUGGCAGCAUUUGCUUUGUUUGUCUCAUGUUCUGGCAUUCACCUUUACAUAGUGGAGAAGUCCUGCAUCCCUGGUACAUGUGCAGAUAAGGAAAACUCUUCUUUACAAACAGGCACAAUUCUUAAAAGCAUUUGGGAAAGAUCUAUGCAUUAUGUAUUGCUGUCAGUGCCUCUAUUCAGGCCUCUGUUUUGAUCCUGGAGUGAGACUAGCAUUUUGGCCUUUCCCCAAAAAGAGAGGAGUUAGCCAACAGUUUCUAACAUUUUUAACUCCAUUCAGCUCCAAGUAGCUCUAAUAUAUAUAAAAACCUAUACAUAGGCAUAAAUAAAAGUAGAAAGAUAGCUGUGUGUUCAUGCUUUUUAAAUUGAAUAUUUAUGAUUUUUUAAAAUACCAAAUUUAAUUUACUGGCUGCUGUGAGGGGCAGGACCCUCAUUACUGUGGUUGGUAUGUGCAUAUAGAGAUGCACUGUGAGUCAUUCCAGAUUUUGCUGAUGUAGCUAAGUCUUCUGAUGGGUAGGAAGUAGAAUUUUCUGUGGUGCUUCUGGGAACUUUUUAAAAUGGGAAUUAAUUCAUUUGAAAUGUUGUUUUUUUUUUUAAGCAUUGUAGUGUUAAAAAUAUGUGAUGUUUUGUUAAAGACUUGGAUUUUAAUAUUGCCUUCAUAAUUGAAGUUGAAGUUGAAAAAAUGUCCAUCAUAAAGCCUACUUGCAUCAUAAACAUCCUGUUGUCUUGGAAACUACUAAAAUGUUUUUCAAAAUCCUUUUCUUUUUACAUAUAUGUAAAA